AGGCGCUGCCUGGAUGGCUGGUACCUGAAGGAUGAAGGAUGCUAGAAGGAGCUGCUCAGAUGCUGGAGCAUACCAACUGCCUGGCCAGUGGGGGAGCCUAGCUGCCUGCAUCCCCUGCGCACACCCCCACUGUUGCUGGUUCACUGCUUGCCCCUCCCCCAUUGCAGGCAUCCUUAGUCUGGGCUAGAGCCCUCCCCAAUAGAGCUGAGGCCAAGGCUGACUACCCCUCUCAAAUGGGGUGGUCUGGGCCUAUGACAGCCCCUGCAGUGGAGUCUGUACUGGCUGCGGGGGACCCUGCUCAUUUGAAAAUCUGACAUCAGCUGGGCAGUCGCCCCCCUCUUCUCUUCCUCCCUCCUCUACCCUGACACAGCACUUAGCACCUGAAUCUUCGUUUCUCUCCCAGGGACCCUCCAUUUUCCAUACCCAGGAAAAUGUGAUGCGCCACAGGUAUCGGCGUCUGGAUCGCCACUUUGUUGUAGCCACAAGUGACUCAGUGGAAGAUCCAGAGGCAGCAGAGGCUCAUCGUCAGGAAGAUGUCUACAGAAAAGGUAGACCAAAGGGAGGAAGCUGGGGAAAAAGAGGCGUGCGGAGACCAGAUCAAGGGACCGGACAAAGAGGAGGAACCGCCAGCUGUCUCAUCCCAUGGCCAGGGUUGUCGUCCGGGUGGCAGAGCAGUUAGGAACGCAAGGCCUGACCCUGGGGCCAGACACCCUGCUCUCCCGGCCAUGGUCAACGACCCUCCAGUACCUGCCUUACUGUGGGCCCAGGAGGUGGGCGAAGUCUUGGCAGGCCGUGCCCGCAGGCUGCUUCUGCAGUUUGGAGUGAUCUUCUGCACCAUCCUCCUUUUGCUCUGGGUGUCUGUCUUUCUCUAUGGCUCCUUCUACUAUUCUUACAUGCCGACUGUCAGCCACCUCAGCCCCGUGCAUUUCUACUACAGGACUGACUGUGACUCCUCCAGCACCUCACUCUGCUCCUUCCCGGUUGCCAAUGUCUCGCUGAUUAAGGGUGGUCGUGAUCGGGUGCUGAUGUACGGACAGCCGUAUCGUGUUACCUUAGAGCUUGAGUUGCCAGAGUCCCCUGUGAAUCAAGAUUUGGGCAUGUUCUUGGUCACCAUUUCCUGCUACACCAGAGGUGGUCGAAUCAUCUCCACCUCUUCGCGUUCCGUGAUGCUGCAUUACCGCUCAGACCUGCUCCAGAUGCUGGACACGCUGGUCUUCUCUAGCCUCCUGCUGUUUGGCUUUGCAGAGCAGAAGCAGAUGCUGGAGGUGGAGCUCUAUGCGGACUAUAGAGAGAACUCGUAUGUGCCGACCACCGGAGCGAUCAUUGAGAUCCACAGCAAGCGGAUCCAGCUGUAUGGAGCUUACCUCCGCAUCCACGCACACUUCACUGGGCUCAGAUACUUGCUGUACAACUUCCCGAUGACCUGCGCCUUCAUAGGUGUCGCCAGCAACUUCACCUUCCUCAGCGUCAUCGUGCUCUUCAGCUACAUGCAGUGGGUGUGGGGGGGCAUCUGGCCCCGACACCGCUUCUCUUUACAGGUUAACAUCCGAAGAAGAGAUGGUUCCCGGAAGGAAGUCCAACAAAAGAUCUCUGCUCAUCAGCCAGGCACAGGGCCUGAAGGCCAGGAGGAGUCAACUCCGCAAUCAGAUGUUACAGAGGAUGGUGAGAGUCCUGAAGAUCCCUCAGGGACAGAGGGUCAGCCGUCUGAGGAGGAGAAACCAGAUCAGCAGCCCCUGAAUGGAGAAGAGGAGCUAGAACCUGAGGCCAGUGAUGGUUCAGGCUCCUGGGAAGAUGCAGCUCUGCUGACUGAGGCCAACCUGCCUGCUCCUGUUCCUGCUCCUGCCCCUGCCCCAGAGACUCUGGGCAGCUCUGAACCCUCUGGGGGUGCUCUCCGCCAGCGCCCCACCUGCUCUAGUUCCUAAAGAAAAGGGCAGACUUCUCACAUUCCAGCACUUUCCCACAUGACCUCUCUCCCCUCAUUUUUCCUUCAAUAAACUAUUUUGUGUGAGCUUC